GUCCUCAAGUUUCUUGACAUGGCGGCGAGAAAGGUCAUACUGGUCCGAGAAGUAAGCUUUACUCUGCUCUACGUUGGCAAGGCAUUGAACUUCUCCGGUGAUUUGUUGACGAUUACUAAUUACGACUUCACUUUCAUAUUUUUAUAAAUAUGAAUGUCAAUGCGUUUUUCCCGUCUCCGCCACCUUCUUCCUGCUGUCAAAACCGCCCUCUACGUUUCUGAACGUAGACUUCUACCUGAUCUCGCUCUUCCUGGCUCCUUCUAAAAUUGCCAAUGAUCUCCUUCCCAUCCAUGCCAUCAUCCAUCAAUCUUGACGUUUCAGUGACAAGAUGGUUCCCUUCACCAUCUUGGUGCUAUUAACUGUAUAUUCUCUCACACUGCCCACAGGCCAUGGCGGUGUCAAUGACAGUCGACCUCCGACAGAGUACAGGUACACGCUCUCCAGCUUUUCUCAGGAGAAGAUCCUCCACUGCUCAACUCUGCCUCCAAGUGAACGGCUUAUCUGUGAGCUGGAGGGUGCCAUUGAUGCUCAAGGCCUCGCUUCUAAUGGCAAGGACGCAAAGACUCCUGGGCCACCGCCUGCUAACAGGUCAUGUAAGUUCAGGGAAGAUAACCUCUACAGCCUUUAUCCUCACUCCAUGCCUCCAUCCCCUGUGUUGAACAGAGUGCUGGAGAAGUAUGUAGCCAUGCACAGACGCUGCAGGGACAAAGAUUUUGCAAGCCUUGAUGAUGUCUACACUUCUUCCAGGAGACCCACCUGCCAGUACUUGAUAUACAAGCCGGCCAUCUGCGGAUUCGGCAACAGGAUGCUGGCCCUGCUGUCUUCUUUCCUCUAUGCAAUCAUGUCUGCAAGAGUGUUACUGAUCGACUACCCAGAAUGGGAUGAUCUCUUCUGUGAGCCAUUCUUGGGCUCUAGCAUCCAACUCCCUGCUCAAACCAAGCUCAACCAGGAGCUGGGUCCAUGGUACUUGCAAUUUCGCGACGCUCGGUGCGGGGCCGCUCCUAAUUCUAACAAAAUCUGCAACACCACUGUGGUGAAUCUGCGCUUGGAUCACACAAGUCGUUUACGCGAGUAUGAGUCAGUUGCCUGCCCAAUGGGCUAUGCAAGACUCAGAAACAUAGAAUUUGUGACAAUGAGGUUGUGCAACCAAUACUUUGUGCCUGGGUUUUACGUCAAUCCUGUGCUCUCCCCUCUGCUUGAAGUCUUGUUUCCUCAAAGGAACCCAUUCCAUUUGCUAUCAAGGUUUCUUCUGGUACCGAGUGACCAAAGGUGGGCUUCUAUUAGCUCCUACUUGGACAUUCGUGCUAGCAGAAGAGUUGGAAUCCAAGUGAGGGAAUUUGGUGGGAGCUAUACAAAAGCUUAUGAUAAAAAUGUGAUUGAGUGCGUCAAGAAGAAGGGAGGUUUCCUGCCUAAGAGGUUCCGGAAGCGAGUUCACAGCGGCGAGUACUGCAGCAUCUAUAUGGCUACAUUGUUGAGCCGCCAUUUGGAGGCGGUGAACUCUUCCUUGCAGGUGUUGGUAGAGGAGACUGGGAAGGAGUUCAGGUUCAAUCACCAAAAGUUGGAUGGGAGGGAGUUACAUGACAAAGAGCACCAAGCAGAGGCAUUGGUUGAUAUGUGGGUGUUGAGCAUGAGCAAUGUCUUGGUGACCAGUCAGGACUCCACCUUUGGUUACAUGGCAACUGGGUUGGGUGGGGUUGUUCCAAAUUUCCUUGAUAAGGAGGAAGGGAAAGGCUGCUUUAUGGGACUGGGUGUGGAGCCUUGUUUUCAUGCUGCACCAAGGAGUCUCCUGUGUGUCCAAGAGGAGCCUGUGGCUCUCAGCCUGCAUAAUCUGGUUGAGAAAUCUUCUAAAGUGAAUGCUUGCAAUGACAGGCCUGUGGGUUGGACAGUGUUGCCACCAAAUGUAUCCUACAUCUAAGAGACCUCAGCCAAGGACAUAUAAAAAUGUGGUUUGGAUCAGAGAUUGCUGCCUUGGAGAUCCUGUACAACAGAUAAUGACAGCCUUCAUACCACACCUGACCCCGCUUGCAGCUUCAUGCAAAAUUAUAGGGAAACUGAUUGUUUUUAUUCUUUCCUUGAUGUGAUUGUAAUGAUUGUGGUUGAGGGUUGUUAAAAAUAUGCGAUUGUUAUUUUAUUUUAUUUUAUUUUAUUUUGAGUCGGAAGGAAGUGUUUUCAUCAAUUCGUCUGACUGUAGAUCAAUCUUGAUAUAAAAUUUUUAAAACUUGAGUAAUGAAAAUAAAUUGCACUUUCUGAGAAUUCAGACUCUUUCUCCUUGUAACUUCUGAAUGUCCUGCACUUCUACCUGCUGCAAGCUUUCCCCAUUCAUUCUCAUACGCUCUCUUGUCCUAAUCUUAUCUGUUACGUGGUUGGUAGCUCUGUUCUUCCAACAUAGUACAGGUAUCCUCUCCUACUCCUAUCGAGAAGAAGACCCCUCAGUUCUGCUACCUCCUGCCAAGCAGAGGAUUUCAGCUUGGGAUUGGACGUGGUCGUUGAUGCCUAUGGCCAUGCCAAGAAGGAACACCGAACCUCCUGGGCCACUGCCCAUCAACAGCUCAUGUAAGUGUAGUCGGCAGGACAAAAUCUAGGGUCUCUACCCCUAGUCCACGCCUCCAUCCCCCGUUCUGAACAGACUGCUGAAGAAGUCCGCCGCCAGAAAAGAUACUUCAGUUACCUAAGAUCUGCAAGUCUCAGUAUUUUCUAUAGUUUUUGUAGGAGACCUGAUUGCCAGUACUUGACCUGUUGGCCGAGCUGGUACCAGUUCUGCAAUUGACUUCCGACGUUGAUCUCCUCCUUACUGAA